AUGGCUGAGGACAUUGCGGAUAUUCUGCAAGGAUUUACUUUGUUGAACAAGGAACUGCAGAUAACAGAGUUGGGAACACAGGAGUUAGCUUUUGGUAUUAAGGAGUGCCAAAGUAGCCUGCUAGGAAAGAUAGUGGGAGAGAAGAUAGCUAACUUUACAGGGGUAAAGAACUUUGUUACUUCCGCAUGGGGGUAUCCAAGAGAUUUGACUGUUGCGGAGUUGGGGCCCAACUUGUUCCAAUUUAUUUUGCCUAGACAAGAUGAUAGGGAGAGGAUCGCUCAAGGAGGUCCGUGGAUUAUCGACAAUCAAUUACUGGUACUGAAUAGUUGGUAUGAGGGGAUUGAAAAUGAUGAGAAGGCCUUCAAUCUAGCUCCCCUUUGGGUGCAAGUUUGGAAUCUUCCAGUCCACUACAUCUCAAAGGAAGUGGGCAAGAAAAUAGGAUCUGUUUUUCACCUGGUCAAGGAUGUCAUUAUCCCACAAACGGGUGGAAAGGAAGGAAGGCAUCUUAAGCUAGCAGUAGUAGUUGACAUUACUCAACCUUUGCUACGUGGAACUACUAUCAAAGUGGCUGGGAUAGCUAAGUGGAUACAAUUCAAAUAUGAGAGGUGCCCAGAUUUUUGCUAUAAAUGUGGCAGAAUUGGGCACAGUGAGAGAUCUUGCAGUAUGGUGGUGUGUGGGAGGGAAGGUCAAAAGGAUAAUCAAUAUGAGAUUUGGAUGAGGGCGGGUUAUGGGAAUGGCCCGAAGUCUGUUCAGAAAACAAAUUCAAGUGUUAUAUUCAACCCCCAAAGACAUCAUUGGAACUAUCAGAACGGGGAAUGGUUAGAGAAGGAUGGUCCUGAGUCACAAGCUUUUAGUCAGAGGAGAGAUGGUUCUCCAGGGUUGAUUAAGGAGUUGCAGAGGCAACCAGUCCACGAGCAGGCAGAAAGCCAACAGGAAGAUUAUGCCAAGGACAAGAGGAAGGCAAGGAUGGAAGGCACAGCUGGAACCAGUUCCAAUAUAGCAAUGGUAGCAAACAGAGAGGUAGUGGCGCUUACUGAAUUACCUCAAACUCAGUAUUGUGGGGACCUUCCUUAG